AUGCAUACAUCGACAGCCCUGUUACCGCUUCUAGCUCAAGUUGUUCUCAGUGCAACAACACGUUUUACUCCGAGAGCAUACAAUAUAUCCUUCUCUGCCGAUCAGAAUCGUUGGCCAAGUGGGUUGCACCUCGCUGUUGAUUACUAUCCUUCACAAUGGCCAGAGUACAUGUGGGAGCCAGAUAUCGCCGCUAUGAAGGAUGCCAGCAUAAGUUAUGUUCGCAUCAGUGAAUUUGACUGGGAAGUUCUGGAGCCCGAGGAGGGCGUAUACAACUGGACCUUGCUGGAUACUACUUUGGACCUAUUUGGCAAAUAUGGACUGAAAGCUAUCGUUGGCACGCCGACGGCAGCUCCACCCAACUGGUUGAUUGAGAAGAAGUUGAGUAAGGGAAUUACGCAGAAGCUGGCUCAGAGAUAUGGCAAUAACUCGAAUAUCGUUGCCUGGCAGUUGGAUAAUGAGUUUGGCUGUCAUGAUACAGUCCGCUCGUAUGACCACAACGCUAUAACCAGAUUCAGGACUUGGCUUAAGGAGAAGUACGGGACCAUCGAGAAUAUGAAUCAAGCCCAAGGUCGUGGUUUCUGGAGUUCCCAAUACGUCAGUUUUGAUACCGUUCAACCACCUUUCUUGAACGUGUACAUGCCUAAUCAAGCUCAACUUCUGGACUGGUAUACAUUUAGUUCAGACAUGGUGAUCGAGUUUGCCAAAGAACAAGCUGAGAUUAUCAGACAACAUGCCCCCAGUCAUGCCAUCACCACCAACUUUAUGGUUAGCUUUACGGAUUUUGACCAUUUCAAGUUUAACCGUGAAGUCGGUCUUGACUUUACAACUUUUGACAACUAUCCUCUAGCUGGGGUGACUAGUGGCGCUGAGUAUUUGCGUACUGGAUUGCCGGAUUUACAGGCUAUGCAACAUGCACUCUACCGUGGUAUUGCUGGAUCUGCUCAUGGAAGCAACCAUGGACCUUUUGGAGUCAUGGAAAUGCAACCUGGUGUGUUGAACUGGAACACUUAUCGUGUUUCUCCACUGCAAGGUAUGGUACGUCUGUGGACACUCGAGACUUUUGCCGCCAAAGGCGAUUUGGUGAAUUAUUUUCGCUGGAGACAGGUUCCUUAUGCGCAGGAGCAAACGCUUUCUGGACUUUUUGUGUCGGAUAAUACUCCUGAUGAAGGAUUUGGCGAGACUCAGGUUGUAGCUUUGGAAGACCUGCCAGCGCUGCGAGCAGCUAUGGACACAGAAGAGACACAAGCAAGUGUAGCUUUGGUGUUUGACUACACCUCCGUCUGGGUCUGGAAUAUUGAACCUUAUUCCGGAACUUACACCCCUUCAGACUCGCAGUUCGAGAACAUCGGGUUGGGAUACUUGGACGUAGUGUCAUCUUUCUACACUUCUCUACGGCGUCUAGGUCUUAAUGUGGAUAUCAUCUCCCCUGAGCAGGACUUGAGCCAGUAUAAAAUGUUGAUUGUACCCAGUCUCCCCAUCAUCCCCGCCGCCUUCAACACAGCUUUGUCCUCCUUCAAUGGCACAGUAAUCUUUGGCCCUCACUCUGGCUCCCGAACUCCUGAGUUUGCUUAUCCACCUGGAUUAACGCCUUCAGCUGGAACUCUACGCAACAACCUACCCAUGAAAGUCACAAGAGUGGAAACACCUCCAUCAUACGCAAACAGCGGUGUCUCCUAUUUAUCCAAAACCUACAAUAUCUCUUUGUGGGAAGAAAGUAUCAUUUGCAGUAGAGAUAACAACACUAGCAACGUUGUUAUUACAUCUACAUCUCAACAUAGAAAAGGCAAACCUGCUGCUUGCGAGAAGAAUGGAUUUCAUUACUUGGCUUUUAAUCCUCCUGUUGACCUAUUGGUUUCUUACAUCGGUGACGUGGCGAGGAAAGCAGGAGUCAAAGAUGUAUUUGGUAGACUUGCUGAUAAGGAAAAUGAUUUAGGAGGCAAUUUGAGGAUCUUGGAACGAGGAGGGUUGGUGUGGGCGUUCAAUUAUGGAGCUGAGGAUAUUGAGGUACCGAAGGUGGACGGAAAAGUGGUGUUGGGAGGUAAUGGUACGGUGAUUGAAGGAGCGGGUGUCAAGGCGUGGAAAAUGUGA